AUGCGUUGUAGGAAAAAGCACCCCAUCGCCCAUCUGUAUUUUGGUUAUUUCAAAAUCGUUUACAUCGUAAUUAUUUUUGGAUUUAAGGCCUCCCGCCUCCCCAUUAGCAUUAUCAUUGUUGGCGUUGGCUCUGCCGACUUCUCCGCUAUGGAGGAAUUGGACGGAGAUGACGUUCGACUCACUUCACGCGGACAACGUGCUGAAAGAGAUAUUGUGCAGUUCGUACCAUUUGAUGACUUCUGUGGCUAUGAGUCGCUGCUGGAACUGAAGCGCGAGCUUGCGCGUGCUGUACUUGCAGAGAUACCGGACCAAUUGAUUUCGUACAUGCGAUCGAAAUCCAUAAAACCACGCACAAUGUCUCGUACAAGGGGUCUUUCCUCGACACAGGACCAUCCUCCUCCCUAUCCAGCAAGUGCACCGCCAUAUCCUCUUUACUAG